CUAAAACCAACAAAAAUGGCCAAGUCCAACAAUAUUUCCAUGCUCACCAACUUUGUGUUGAUCAUUGCUCUUUUGGUCAUUGUUUCUAUGGUUGAAAGCCGUGGAAUUGGGAGUCCAAUAGGAAAGAAGAGCACCCCAAGUUGUAACGAGGUGUACGGCGUAGCGAGUGGCGACACAUGCUUCAGUGUAACACAGGUGUUUAACUUGACCACGACGUUCUUCGAUUCAGUAAACCCUAACCUCGAUUGUGAUUCUCUCUUUGUUGGUCAAUGGCUUUGUGUUUCUAGAAAAGCAUGAAUAAGCCAAGUAGUUGUUCUUGUGAUUCAAAAGUCCAUGAAUAAGGACAAGCCCAACUUGUAUCCAUAUCCAAUGCUUUUAGUUCUACAUGAAUAAGAAUAGGCCACGGAUGCGUGGUGCAUGUACUUUGUAGGUAUUUUCUUGACGAAAUUUAAAAAAUAAAGAAUCUGUUAUAUUUUCA